GAGUUAUCUGAUUUGGCAUAAGCAAGAUCAAAGAGAAGAACAAGUGUCUGCAAAGUGCAAACUCAGCCUAAAAGCUUUAAAUUGAAACUGAAGAAGAAGAAGAAGAAGAAGAAGAAUGGGAGUGAGAGUGGGAGUGGGAGCACCUUCUUCUUCUUCUUCCUACUCAUUCUUCCACACUCUCUCUCUUUUCCAAUUCCAAGCAACACCAUCGACCCCAAAGCACUUCAAUUUCAAAUUCAGAUUCAAACCUUCUUCUUCCUUUUCUUCAUUCUCAAUCACAAACAUGUCGUUGCCGGUUCCCAACUACAGGAAGGGGAAGCUUCCUAUUCUGCUCUUCGACAUCAUGGACACACUUGUUCGAGACCCAUUCUACGAGGAUGUCCCUGCCUUCUUCCGAAUGUCCUUCAAGGAACUCUUGGAUUCCAAGAACCCAACAACAUGGAUUGAAUUUGAAAAGGGACUCAUUGAUGAGAUGGAGCUAGCGAGAAAAUUUUUUAAGGACGGAAGGGAUGUUGAUUUAGAAGGCCUUAAAACUUGCAUGACAAGUGGAUAUUCAUACAUUGAAGGAAUUGAACAUUUGCUUCUUUCCUUAAAGCAAAACAACUAUGAGAUGCAUGCUUUUACAAACUACCCCAUAUGGUACCAGUUGAUUGAAGACAAGUUAGAACUAUCAAAAUAUUUAUCUUGGACAUUUUGUUCGUGUACAUAUGGAAAGAGGAAGCCUGAUACCGAGUUCUUUAUGGAAGCUUUGGAACAUCUUAAAGUUGAUCCAGCAAAUUGUAUAUUUGUAGAUGACAGGAAAAAGAAUGUGGAGGCAGCAAUAGAAGUUGGAAUCAAAGGUGUACAUUUCAAGAGUGUUGAUUUGCUUUGUGAAGAACUGUCUUUGAUGGGGAUUGAAAUUACAGCUGAUGCAGAUCAUCAAUAGAUUCUUUCUUUGAUUUUCUCUGUAUACAAAAAUCCUUUGCCUGUUGGAAUUUGGAAAGGAGAUAUGAUUGCAUAUUCAAUCAACAACUGUUUUUCUUGUUGGUAAAUAGAUAAAAUGAAAAAAACUUUUCUUAUUGAUCUCAAUUAAGAGAAUUGAUACAA